AUGGCUCGACAGAGGGGUGGCAGUGGCGCCAGAAGGUCCUCGGGCAGCAGCGGCGGCUUCUUCAGCAAGCCCGCAUCCUCGUCGUCUCAGCCUGCCCCCGUCCAGCACGCACCUCCUCCUGCCCCGUCUAGCGGCAGCGGCGGAGGCUUCAUGGCCAACAUGGCCGCCAACGUUGCCAGCGGCAUGGCCUCUGGUGUUGGAUUCGGCGUGGCUCAGCGAGCUGUCGACGCGGUGCUCGGCGCCCGCCAGAUGGAGGUUGUCCACACCAACGCGCCGGUCGCUCCCGUGCCCGUUGCCCCCUUGGCUGCGGCGCCCGUUGCAGCUCCGUCUCACGCCUUCGGCGGAUGCCAGCAGAUGCAGGAGGAGCUGAACCAGUGCAUCCAGCGUCACUCCGAUUUGACCCUUUGCCAGCACCACUUCGACGCCCUGAAGCAGUGCCAGCUGGCUAACGGCGGCAGCGCUUAA